GUCGGAAUAAAAAUUGGAAGUUAGAUAUUGUAAAUGCAGUUUAAGUUCACUUUAUAUCAUUCGAUUGUUUCCGUUACGCGCCAGAAUAUUAGAGUCUUUUGCGCACGUUAAAGGAUUAUAAAAAAUUAAAGAAAUAAUAUACAUUAAAUGAUGAUGGGAUCAACGAAGUUGCAUGUAAUAAAACGAGGCGGCCGUGUAGAAGACGUACAUUUCGAUAAAAUAACAUCUAGAAUAAGAAAAUUGUGUUAUGGAUUAGAUAUGGAAUAUGUUGAUCCUUACGCGGUUACUAUUCAAGUUAUAAAUGGUUUAUAUGCGGGUAUAUCAACUGUCGAAUUAGACAAUCUUGUAGCUGAAACUGCAGCAACUAUGAGUAUUAAGCAUCCAAAUUAUGCUCUAUUAGCUGCUAGAGUUGCAGUGUCUAAUCUUCACAAAGAAACUAAAAGAAACUUUAGUGAGGUAAUAUCUGAUUUGUAUCAUGCAAAAAACAAGCGCACAGGUAAAAGUCUUUCACUGAUUUCUGAGAAAUACUUUAACAUUAUACAAAGAAAUGCCGCUAAACUAAACCAAUCUAUAAUACAUGAUAGAGAUUAUUUGUACAAUUAUAUUGCUUUUAAAACUCUUGAAAAGAAUUACUUAUUUAAAAUUGAUGGGAAAAUUAUUGAAAGGCCACAAUAUAUGCUGAUGAGAGUAGCCGUUGGAAUUCAUGGUGAAGACAUUGAUAGAGUUAUCGAAACAUAUAAUUUCUUAUCAGAACAUUAUUUUGUGCAUGCAUCUCCAACUCUUUUUACUGCGUGUACUGUGAAACAACAAAUGUCAAGUUGUUUUACAUUAACAAUGGCUUCAGACAGUAUAGAAGGAAUUUGUGAUACUUUAACAAGAUGUGCAUUAAUCAGUAAAUCUGGUGGUGGAAUUGGAUUAAAUGUUCACUGUAUCAGAGCAAGUGGUACACGUAUAAUUGGUACACUUGGAAUAUCGAAUGGUUUAGUUCCCAUGUUAAAAGUUUAUAAUAAUACAGCUGAAUAUGUUUAUCAGGGUGGAAACAAAAGACCAGGAGCAUUUACUAUUUAUGUAGAACCAUGGCAUUCUGAUAUAUUUGAAUUUUUAAAUCUCAAGAAAAAUACUGGAAAGGAAGAAAAUCGAGCCAAAGAUAUUUCCUAUGCUUUAUGGAUACCAGACCUUUUUAUGAAACGUGUUUUAAAUGAUGACAUUUGGUCUUUAAUGUGUCCUCGUCUAUCUUCCGGAUUAGCUGAUGUUUGGGGAGAAGAAUUUGAAAAUUUAUAUACCAAGUAUGAAAAGGAGGGAAAUUACAAACGACAGAUCAAAGCAAGAGAAUUAUGGUCUGCCAUUCUUCUAUCACAGGAAGAAACUGGUGGUCCGUAUAUGCUUUAUAAGGAUCAUUGCAAUCGCAAAUCAAAUCAACAAAAUGUAGGGACCAUUCAAUGUAGUAAUUUAUGCACCGAAAUUGUCCAAUAUUCAAGCUCUGAUGAAGCUGCUGUCUGCAGUUUGGCCUCUAUUGCUGUUAACAUGUUCGUGAAUACUAGUGUAAAAACAUUCGAUUUUAAAAAACUUAAAGAAAUUACGAAAGUUGUCACCCGUAAUUUAGAUACAAUUAUAGAUAUUAAUCAAUAUCCAAUUCCACAAGCAAAAAUAUCGAAUCUUAGACAUCGACCAAUUGGUAUCGGUAUACAAGGAUUAGCCGAUGCAUUUAUUUUAAUGCGUUAUCCAUUUGAAAGUGAGGAAGCUCAAAAGCUUAAUAUACAGAUUUUUGAGACACUCUAUUAUGGAGCGUUGGAGGCUAGUUGCGAAAUGGCCGAAGAAAAAGGAACUUAUGAAACAUAUGAAGGCAGUCCUAUUAGUAAAGGCAUUCUACAGUAUGACAUGUGGAAUGUCACACCAACAGAUUUAUGGGACUGGAAUAAAUUAAAGGCAAACAUUGCUAAAUUUGGUAUAAGAAAUUCAUUGUUAAUUGCAUUAAUGCCGACAUCAACUACUGCCCAAAUUCUAGGAAAUAACGAGUCUAUAGAACCAUAUAAAAGCAAUAUAUAUUUAAAACGCGUUUCAUCGGAAGAAUUUCAAGUUGUUAAUCCGCAUUUAUUAAGGGAACUUACAAAAUUAAAACUUUGGAAUGAACAAAUAAAAAGUGAAAUCACAGCCAAUAAUGGUUCUAUUCAGAAUAUCGAUCGCAUACCGGCAGAUAUAAGAUUACUUUAUAAGACUGUAUGGGAAAUUCCACAAAAAAUUAUUCUAAAAAUGGCAGCUGAUCGUGGACCUUUCGUCGAUCAGUCACAAUCUUUAAAUGUUUAUAUGGCCAAACCAACAUUGGAUAAACUCACGUCAAUGCAUUUUUAUGGUUGGAAGAUAGGUUUAAAAACUGGCAUGUAUUGUUUACGAACAGAAUCGGAAAUGGAUGAUGGACUUGAACCGUCCACCGUUAAUAAAACGAAACUACGGCAACAUGUAAAUGUUAAAGAACAGGAUAAGGAAACACAGACUGAAAAGCAUAACGAUAAUGACGAUGAAACUGAUUCCAAAUUUAUGUGCUCUCUUAAAAACGGAGAUGCUUGCUUCUCUUGUGGAGCAUAAUUGAUUUAAUAAAGUCAAUAUAUUUCUAACUAUUGCAAUCCAAA